AAAGUUUGCAAAAAAAAAUAAUAAUAAAGAGGUUAUGUUUAUAGUGGACAAUUUUGUCGAGUCAGAUCAGAAUUUGGGGAACCGCUUAGUUUUAAUUAUUACGCUUAUAAAACAAGAUGUUAGUGACAUUAAAAACUUUACAACAACAAACUUUUCAAAUAGACAUAGACCCCGAGGAAACGGUCAAAGCAUUGAAGCUAAAAAUUGAAGUCGAGAAAGGUAAAGACUAUGCGGCAGACCAUCAAAAACUUAUUUAUGCGGGUAAAAUUCUUCUUGAUGACAAUAAAUUGUGCACCUAUAAUAUAGAUGAAAAGAAGUUCAUCGUUAUUAUGGUUACGAAACCUAAAGCGUCUGAUAAUCAACAAGCGUCAUCGACCUCUGCGCCAGAAGCUGGAGAAAGUGCGUCGACCGAAAGUGGUGACGCUAAAAACAAACCCGUCGAAGAAACGCCGAAGCCUGCACCCGCCGCUGAGCCCGAGCGCGCUGUCCAGCCUUCUGUUACGUCUACCGAUCUAGACUUUGAGUCUACAGUACAAAGCAUCAUGGAUAUGGGAUACAACAGACAACAAGUGGAGCAGGCUCUGCGUGCAUCGUUUAACAACCGCGAAAGAGCAGUCGAGUACCUCAUCACAGGUAUCCCGGAAGAAUUACUUCAAGAACAAGAAGCCGACGAAAGUACAGAGGAAGAUCCCUUAGGUUUCCUACGUGAUCAACCACAAUUUCAACAAAUGCGUGCAGUGAUUCAGCAAAAUCCAAAUUUACUGAACACUGUUCUACAACAAAUUGGGCAAACGAACCCAGCCUUGUUGCAAGCUAUAAGUCAACACCAACAAGCUUUUGUCAGAAUGCUCAAUGAACCUGUCAAUGCAACGGCCACUGGGGCCGCUGUAGAGGAAGUUGCUGUGGACAGCCAAGCUCCACAAGCACCACAGAAUGUCAUUCAAGUCUCAGCUCAAGAUAAAGAAGCUAUAGAAAGAUUAAAAGCACUAGGCUUCCCAGAGCAUAUGGUUAUUCAAGCUUAUUUUGCCUGUGAAAAGAAUGAAAACCUUGCAGCAAACUUUCUGCUCUCCCAAAAUUUUGAUGAUUAAAUAAUAUAACUACAAGUUAAAAUCUUGUCAUCAUUAUUAUUACAGAUUUUGAUUAAAAUAAUUGAAGGAUUGAUAUACUGUUUAGUUUAUUUUCAGUAAAAAAAUUGAAAAAAGCACAGUAUAUUUAAUUUUAAACAGCCUAAUAAUAUGCUUAGUAAUAUGUCCUUCAAGUAAAUAUUAAUAACUCACAAAAGUUUUAUCAUAAUGCAGUUAUACGAUAAUAUUUUUCAAUUAUUGAAUAUUGUUCGAUUAAAAACAGUUACUUACCGAUAUGAUGUAUAAUUUUAAUUUUUAAUGUAGAUUAAAUAAAAUUGUCAUAUGGUUUUAAUUGGAAUAGUAUUCCAUUCAGUUCAAGUAUAAAAAAUUUUAGACCUACCAAAAUACCUAAUCAGGAAAACUUGUUUAUUUCAACCAAUAAUUUGUAAUUUGUAUUGUAAUGAAUUUCAUAAAAUCCCAAAUGGUUGUGAAAUCUGAUAUGUAUGUUUGUACUUCUACUAAAAUAUUUUUAGUCCCGAAAAUCCCAUGUAACUUUAGAGCUGUAGAAAUUGACUGUUUUUAUGAACUUAUUUUACAAUACUAAUCCAAGAGUUACAGGGAUUAGCACCUAUAUUUUGUAGAUGUAGACUUACACAACUAUUCUGCUAUAUAUUAGUAUAGAUAAAAAUAUAGUACUUUAUUUAAAAUUCAAGUAUAUAUCAACUUACAGCUGUAACUGUCUCAGUAUUUAAUAGAAGACUCUCCAGUUUGUUGCUGUGGAAAUACAGGGUCAAAAUACCUUCCACAAAAUCAAAAUCCCAUGUUUCCCCCUGAUAAAUGUUAGUUUCCACUAGUGAACAUUUCUAAAAAAUUAGUUUAGUAGUCAUGGAAAGCGUAACAUACAAACUUACUUUCACAAUUAUAGUACUUGCGGAAGCCCGCGAGAAAAUCUAGUUUCAUAGUACCUAUGUAUGUGAUCAAACUUAACACUUAAAACAAUUAUCAUGCAUGUAAUGUAUGUAUUUAUAGAUAAGUCUGCCUCUUUGAUAAUCGUCACAAACAAAAUUAUUAUAGGUCAAUAAUUAUUAAUAAUACAUUAA